GCGACAGAUCGCGGGCUCCGGGCGCCGCAUCACCAGGCACAGGGAACCGCCAGGGAGGGCAGGAGAGCGCACCCGGGCCGGGCCCCAGCCGCGUCCGCUCCCCUCCCGCUCCAUGGCUCCGCAGCCGCAGCCGCCCGUGCCGUCCUCCAGCCUGGAGGGGUCUCACGGCAGCGGGUACGAACACCCGGCCAAGGACUAAACAGCACCGCCGCCUCCUCGCCGGCCACUCUCCACCCCUAAGGAAAGCCGAGGCAGGGGAGACAAGAGGGAGGAAGGAAGAGCGAGCCGAAGCGAGCGGGAAGCCAGGGCUCGGGUCGCCGCGGGACAGUCCGGCCCGGAGGAGGCUGCGCCCGGGGCGGUGGCGGGAGGAGCGCGGGGCGGCGUCCCCGGGUUGCGCCGAGCUCCCGGCCCACGGCUGCAGAAAGGCGUCUUGGUGCCCCUGGUCGGCCUCACGCACCUGCCCGCGGCCGGCGCCCCACUCACCUGGUCUGCGGGGCCCCCUUCCCCGUCGCCGCCGCUGCAGCCAGAGCGGAGCUCCGCGGGCCUGGAGCACGGCCGGGUCUAAUAUGCCCGGAGCCGAGGCGCGAUGAAGGAGAAGUCGAAGAAUGCGGCCAAGACCAGGAGGGAGAAGGAAAAUGGCGAGUUUUAUGAGCUGGCCAAGCUGCUCCCGCUGCCAUCGGCCAUCACCUCGCAGCUGGACAAGGCGUCCAUCAUCCGACUCACCACGAGCUACCUGAAGAUGCGCGCUGUCUUUCCCGAAGGUUUAGGAGACGCGUGGGGACAGCCGAGCCGCGCGGGGCCCCUGGACAGCGUCGCCAAGGAGCUGGGAUCGCACCUGCUGCAGACUUUGGAUGGAUUUGUUUUUGUGGUAGCAUCUGACGGCAAAAUCAUGUAUAUUUCGGAAACAGCUUCUGUACAUUUAGGCCUGUCCCAGGUGGAGCUCACGGGCAACAGCAUUUAUGAGUACAUCCAUCCUUCCGACCACGAUGAGAUGACUGCUGUCCUGACAGCCCACCAGCCUCUUCACCAUCACCUGCUCCAAGAGUACGAGAUCGAGAGGUCGUUCUUUCUUCGAAUGAAGUGUGUCUUGGCGAAAAGAAACGCCGGCCUGACCUGCAGCGGAUACAAGGUCAUACACUGCAGCGGCUACUUGAAGAUCAGGCAGUAUAUGCUGGACAUGUCCCUGUACGACUCAUGCUACCAGAUCGUGGGGCUGGUGGCCGUGGGCCAGUCACUGCCGCCCAGCGCCAUCACUGAGAUCAAGCUGCACAGCAACAUGUUCAUGUUCAGGGCCAGCCUCGACCUGAAGCUGAUAUUCCUGGAUUCCAGGGUGACCGAGCUGACUGGGUACGAGCCGCAGGACCUGAUUGAGAAGACCCUGUACCAUCACGUGCACGGCUGCGACGUCUUCCACCUGCGAUAUGCGCACCACCUCUUGCUGGUGAAGGGCCAGGUCACCACCAAGUACUACCGGUUGCUGUCCAAGCUUGGCGGCUGGGUGUGGGUGCAGAGCUGCGCCACCGUCGUGCACAACAGCCGCUCGUCCCGGCCCCACUGCAUCGUGAGUGUCAAUUAUGUCCUCACGGACAUCGAAUACAAGGAACUGCAGUUGUCCCUGGACCAGGUGUCCACGUCCAAGUCCCAGGACUCCUGGAGGACCGCCUUGUCUACCUCACAAGAAACUAGGAAAUUAGCUAAACCCAAAAACAUGAAGAUGAAGACAAAGCUGAGAACAAACCCUUACCCCCCACAGCAAUACAGCUCGUUCCAAAUGGACAAACUGGAAUGCGGCCAGCUCGGAAGCUGGAGAGCCAGCCCCCCCGUCCACACCCCAGUUCCCCCAGAACAGCAGCUCCAUUCAGAAGGCGGCGACCUUCUGUACGCCCCGUCCUACAGCCUGCCCUUCUCCUACCAUUACGGACACUUCCCUCUGGACUCUCACGUCUUCAGCAGCAAAAAGCCAAUGUUGCCGGCCAAGUUCGGGCAGCCCCAAGGAUCCCCGUGCGAGGUGGCACGCUUUCUGCUGAGCACGCUGCCGGCCAGCGGCGAGUGCCAGUGGCACUAUGCCAACCCCCUAGUGCCGGGCAGCCAGUCUCCAGCUAAAAGCCUUUCCGAGCCGCCGGUGAACCCUGCUCGGCACAGCCUCGUGCCAAACUACGAAGAACACUGCAACUGGCAUCCUGUGAUUGGACCUCGCGGGCCCGGCACGCACGCGGGAAGGGGCGAGGGCGGCUCCGGGGCUCGAGCGCGCGGGCGGCAGGGGUGGCCCAGGGGUGGUGGCGGCCCCAGGGCCCCCCGGCUUGGUGUCGCUCUGGGCAUGUCCCCCUCCUCCCCCGCGCGGGCGUCUAACGUGUCGCCUGUCCCCGCAGCGCCCGCCGCCGCCGCGCGCAGGUUCGGCGAGGAUACCGCGCCACCGCUGCCGAGCUUCCCGAGCUGCGGGCACUACCGCGAGGAGCCGGCGCUGGGCCCGGCCAAGGCCGCCCGCCAAGCCGCCCGCGACGGGGCGCGGCUGGCGCUGGCCCGCGCGGCCCCCGAGUGCUGCGCGCCGCCGGCCCCCGAGCCGCCGGGCACGCCGGCGCAGCUGCCCUUCGUGCUGCUCAACUACCACCGCGUGCUGGCCCGCCGCGGGCCGCUGGGGGGCGCUGCGCCCGCCGCCCCCACCCUCGCCGGCGGCCCCGGCGCCCCCGAUGCGGGGGCCGGCGCGCUGCGACCCCGGGCCCCCGACCCCGCCGCUGCCGCCUCGCCGCCCGGCGCGCCCCUGCCGCACUACCUGGGCGCCUCGGUCAUCAUUACCAACGGCAGGUGACCCGCCUGGGCCGGACCGCAGAGUCCUGGGGCCGCCCCGCCUCGCGCGGGGCUGCCCGCGGGGAGAAGCCAUAGGCCAGCCUCUUUGGCUCCCAUUUUACCAAGUCCAGUCGAGUCAAGAGGGACGAGAUGUAUAUGCACGAUUUAAAUUAAUUUAUACAGAGACAACUAUUUUACUAGAACUCCACCGCCGACUUUUGGAUUUUUACCGUAGAUGCCAUAACCGUCCGUGUGGAGGACAGAGACACGGCGACGUUGGGGAGACGUGACCGCCCGACCUUUGUUCCGCAAGAGCCGGGUUUUCUGAAAGGGCGUAGCUGAGCGUCCCCGACCGCCCACGUGUGGCCUCAACUACUCCGUCUUUGGGGGGACUUGGUUUCCUCACCUUGAAAUCAGGCUUGCGCGCCUUGCGUGUCCCCGAUGUUCAGUAACAGUCCCUCUGGGGGCUUGGAGGAGGCGCCGCUCCUCAGAUGCCCUCCACUUUGCGGAGGAAACCCCACCCUGAUGCAGUCAGGGGUGCCGGUGGGUGGCCGACCUGGAAGCUUCCUGUAUCCAGAGUCCUUUUAGAUUAAGUCAAGGCAGAAUGUGAUGAUUUAAGUCCCAUGAACGGACAACUCCGUUGUCUUUAAAAGUCAUUCAUGAGUCUAAUUAAAAGCUGUUGUUUUAAUUUAACCCUUUCCUUAAUACAAACAUCAAGCCCAGACAAGGGUGAACGUGGGUGCGCUUCACGAGUACGUUCACAAGCUCUUACUCCCUCCUACCCCAUGAACUCUUGAGAACAGCACCUUCAGAAAUAUAUGGAAUAGGCAUUAAAUGCAAAUAUAUAUAUAUAGCCAGAUAUUUUAUGAGAAUGACAUGUGGAUGAUUUUGGUGCCCAGUGGAUUGGCUACCCCUGUCAAGUUUGAUGACAAGGCAAAAUCCCUCUGGCCCACACAGACCUGUAAUUCCCUAGGCUCGUGUUUGCUACAAGUAGUGCUAAUAAAGUUAGUUACAUUGCAUGUGCAAUAUGGAAGAUUGUCAAUGGACUGCGCCUUGUGGAAGAAAACAUGCUAAAGGGAUGUAAUGAAAAUGAUGUACAUGUUGUCUUCAGCGUUUUCUGCAUUUUAUACAGAGCAAGAAAACUCCGUAUGAACAUGUCAUGUGUAUAACAGGUAAACAGAAAUCUUUUUAUAAAGAACCAGCAGGGACUUCCCUGGUGGCGCAGUGGCUAAGACUCCGUGCUCCCAAUGCAGGGGGCCCGGCGUUCAAUCCCUGGACAGGGAACUAGAUCCCACAUGCCACAACUAAGGAGCCCACAUGCAGCAACUAAGACCCGGCACAACCAAAUAAAUAAAUGUUUUUUUUAAAAAAAGCACCAGCAGUGUUUUUAAAAUAAACUUCCAUUAAUUUUUGUUUUAUUUUUAUACUUUUGCUUCAAGAUUUCACCAUUUAAAAAUUCUAUCACGGUUCUGCAGUGGAUCAAUGCGUUGAACCACCCUUUUUUCAAUCUGCUCCACACGAUAAAUGCUCCCUCGUUUUGCUGCUUUUUCAAAAAUGGUUUACUUUUAGGAAACUAUGUCCACCUUUCUCAGUGGAAAGGUUGUUCACAAAUGUCUUUAACUCACUGUUCUAGAAUCAAAGUGCACCUACGUCAACUGUUCUUAAAAUGUGAAAGGACCCGUUGCCCACCCAGUGUCACUAUGAGGACCUGCCUCAUUCCGUAGGUGUCAGUUGCCUUACAGUACAAUUUGCAAAUUUAGGAACAUGUGUCUUACAGUGAAGAGACAGGUUCAGAAGAAUUAUAGGCAUACACCCCUACACAACACUUAGCCAUACCUCAUGAGCAGCUUGUUGUGAGUGUGUGCACACAUAAAAUAAGCCUGGGGUAUUAUUUUUGUGCUGUCGAGACCCAUAAUUAAACCAUGAUUCCAGGAAGGUGCAGGUUCGAUGAGCAGGAGAUUCACCUGACAUUUUUCAAUAAAGUACUGUA